AUGUUAUAUGUAAUCACUAAUGCGAUUUUUUUUUUGCUAAAUAAAACAUAUUUUAUUUACGGUCUUUUUCUUCUUCUUCUUCUUCUUCUUCUUCUUCUUCUUCUUCUUCUUCUUCUUCUUUCCCUUCUUCUUCUUCUUCUUCUUUCCCUUCUUCUUCUUCUUCUUCUUCUUUCCCUUCUUCUUCUUCUUCUUCUUCUUUCCCUUCUUCUUCUUCUUUCCCUUCUUCUUCUUCUUCUUCUUCUUUUCCUUCUUCUUCUUCUUUUCUUCUUCUUCUUCUUUCCUUCUUCUUCUUCUUCUUCUUCUUUUCCUUCUUCUUCUUUCCUUCUUCUUCUUCUUCUUUCCUUCUUCUUCUUUUUUCUUCUUCUUCUUUCCUUCUUCUUCUUCUUCUUCAUUUCCUUUUCUCCUUUACCCACCUUCUUUUGCCCUCCUCCUCCUUCUUCUUCUUUUCUUGCCUCCUCUCCCUAUUUCUUCUUCCUUCUUCAUUUUCUUCCGACUCCUUUUUCUUCUUCCUCCUCCUUCUUCUUCUUCUUUUUUCUUCCUCUCCCUUCUUCUUUUCUUCUUCUUCUUCUUCUUCUUCAUUUCCUUUCCGACUCCUUUUACCCCCUCCUUUUGCCCACUUCCUCCUCCUUCUUCUUCUUCACCUUUUUCUCUGCCUCCUCUCCCUUCUUCUUCCUCUUCCUCUUCUUCUUCUUCUUCAUUUACUUUCCGACUCCUUUUACCCUCCUCCUUUUGCCCUCUUCCUCCUUCUUCUUCACCUAUUUCUCCACCUCCUUCCCUUCUUCUUCUCAACCUUCUCCUUCUUCUUUCUUCCCCUUCUCCUUCUUCUUCUUCGUCUUCCUCUUCUUCAUUUCCUUUCCGACUCAUUUUGUCCUCCACCUUUUGCCCUCUUCCUCCUUCUUCUUAACCUUUUUCCCCACCUCCUCCUCUUCUUCUUCUCCAACUUCUCCUUCUACUUUCCCUCCUCCUCCUUCUUCUUCUUCUUCUUCUUCAUUUCCUUUCCGACUCCUUUUACCCUGCUCCUUUUGCCCUCUUCUUCAUCUUUUUCUCCGCCUCCUCUCUCCUUUCUUCCUCUCCACCUUCUCCUUUUCCCUCCUCCUCCUCCUCCUUCUUAUUCUUCGUCUUCAUUUUCUUUCCGACUCCUUUUACCCUCCUCCUUUGCCCUCUUCCUCCUUCUUCUUCACCUUUUUUUCCACCUCCUUCCCUUCUUCUUCUCAACCUUUCCUUCUUCUUUCCCUCCUCCUUCUCCUUCUUCUUCUUCGUCUUCUUCUUCUUCUUCUUCGUUUUCCUCUUCUUCAUUUCCUUUCCGACUCCUUUUACCCUCCUCCUUUUGCCCUCUUCCUCCUCCUUCUUCUUCUUCUUCGUCUUCACCUCUUCUUUUUUUCUCCGCCUCCUCCCCCUUCUUCUUCUUCUCCACCUUCUCCUUCUUUUUUUCCUCCUCCUCCUUCUUCUACAUUUCCUUUCCGACUCCUUUUACUCUCCUUUUUGCCCUCUUCCUCCUUCUUCUUAACCUUUUUCCCCACCUCCUCCUCCUCUUCUUCUCCAACUUCUCCUUCUUCUUUCCCUCCUCCUCCUUCUUCUUCUUCUUCUUCAUUUCCUUUCCGACUCCUUUUACCCUGCUCCUUUUGCCCUCUUCUUCAUCUUUUUCUCCGCCUCCUCCCCUUUCUUCCUCUCCACCUUCUCCUUUCCCUCCUCCUCCUCCUUCUUAUUCUUCUUCUUCAUUUCCUUUCCGACUCCUUUUACCCUCUUCCUUUUGCCCUCUUCCUCCUUCUUCUUCACCUUUUUCUCCACCUCCUUCCCUUCUUCUUCUCAACCUUCUCCUUCUUCUUUCCCUCCUCCUUCUCCUUCUUCUUCUUCGUCUUCUUCUUCUUCUUCUUCUUCGUUUUCCUCUUCUUCAUUUCCUUUCCGACUCCUUUUACCCUCCUCCUUUUGCCCUCUUCCUCCUCCUUCUUCUUCUGCGUCUUCACCUCUCUUCUUUUCUCCGCCUCCUCCCACUUCUUCUUCUUCUCCACCUUCUCCUUCUUCUUUUCCUCCUCCUCCUUCUUCUUCAUUUCCUUUCCGACUCCUUUUACCCUCCUUUUUUGCCCUCUUCCUCCUUCUUCUUAA